CUGAAUCUUGAUUGCGCCUCAGAGGCUUGUAUGGCGUCGUUAGCUAAAACAGCAGCGUUAGCGUUAGCGACAGUAGCUAGCAAACGCUGUAAAAGUGCGGCUGUUGUGUUUGUACUUGCAUGCCGGUGUGACACUGUGUUAACGCUACCCUUGAGUUUAAUUAUAACCCCUUACCGACAAUCAUUAACCACGCCGGUGUCGGUUUCGCUGCAAGUGGACGGGUUAAUGCUAGAGCCGCCACACAAACAUUCCAGCAAAUUUGUGCAAAAGCACAGAUAUUUUUUUUGUAUAGGUAAAUAAACAACAUGUUAGCUUUCAGAACCAGCACUGACCACUUUCAGUUUCACGUGCAUCUUUAAGGCUGCAGCAAUGGGCCCAGACACCACACCUGUCCCUAAAACAGAAUCUGCAGAGGAAAGUCCAGAAAUAGUGGUGGUGAAAAUAAUCUCAGAAUCAGAUUCCAGUGAUGCUUCAAUGACCGAGCCAGAGAACAAACAGCCACAGAGCAACACAUCAGACAAGUGUUACCCUUGCACUGUCUGUGGCAAGGUAUUUGACAGACCGUCAAAGCUGGAGUGGCAUAAACCUGUACACACGAGGAAGCCCAAGACUCUUCAUGAGUGUGAGGAUUGUAAUAUAAGCUUUACAAAACAAGAGACGCUGAUCCGACACCAGAAUUGCCACAGUAGGACUAACAAGCAUCCCUGUCCUGACUGUGGAAAAGUGUUCAAUAGACCCUCAAGGUUAGAGAGACAUAAACGCACACACACAAAACAACCCAAGGUACCUCAUCAGUGUUCAUACUGCAUGAAGACGUUCAGAAAACUUAACAAACUCAUUCGUCACAAGCGUAUUCACACUGGAGAGAAGCCUUUCACCUGUUCGGUCUGCGGUAAGGGAUUCUCCGAGUCAGGUCACUGCAAAGCACACGAAAAGAGACACGAGGAGCAGCCAGAAAAACCUCACAGUUGUGCGGAUUGCGGGAUGUGUUUCUUCAAGGCCUCGUCACUUCGUAGGCACUUCAGCUCCCACACAGGAGAGAAGCCUUUCAAAUGCACCUUGUGUGAGAGCUGCUUCUCUCGCUCUGAGGGACUGAAAAGGCACAUGAGGAGCCACACAGGGGAAAGACCAUACAAAUGCAUUAUCUGUGGCAAGCAGUUUUAUUCUCGCCAGAAUUUGAAUAUUCACGUAUUGACCCACACAGGGGAGAAGCCACAUCUUUGCCCUGUGUGUGGUAAAGGCUUUUCACAGCUGGGCAACAUGAAAGAGCAUGAACAAAAUGUUCAUAUUAAGUCAGAAAAUUAUAUUUGUAGUGAUUGUGGAGCAACUUUCACACGAAACACGUCACUGACAAAGCAUCGGCGGACACAUACUGGAGAAAGACCCUAUCUGUGCCUCACCUGCGGCUGCAGGUUUUCAUGGAGCCAUUCCCUUAGCAGACACCGGAGGUCACAUGCACACAGACAGAUGGCUGGGGACACAUCCAAAGAAAUACUAAGUUUUGAAGGACCUUCAGAGAAUCCUGAGAGUGUAACGUAAAAGUCGAGUACUUUUUAAAAGCACUUUUCCUCUUCAUUUAGUUUUGCUGAAAAGAAAGAGAGAGAAGCUCAAGCUCAAGAUGUGUUUGCUGAAGUCUGUAUUAAUUGGAAUACAGCAGCAGUUAAAAUCCUGGAUAUGCCUAGGAUAUGUACUGUUUGAUCUCACAGCUCAGUGUAGGUCUGCUCUGUUCACUGUUAUGACAUGUGGUGUGGCUAGGGCUGGGCGAUAUAUCAAAAAUUUAUCGUUACCGAAAUUUAUGACUCUCAUCGACGUCAUUUUGCCCAUGUCGGUAAAUUCGGUAUUUAAAAAAAAAAGAAAAGGCAUGUGCAGGUUGGCGAUGUUCAUGUCCCUUUAAGACGCUGUGCUACGUUACAGACUUGAUGGGGUGGAGUCACAUGACUACCUGUAACAAGACGAGACACGGGUGAACAAAUGGAGGACGAUUUAAAUGUUGAAGCAGCAGCGACGGAGGUAGAGCUGGUGGAGGAGGAAGAGGAGAUGCUUGUUAACAAAAAAAAUGCAUCAUCAAUCGUUUGGCAACAUUUUGGAUUCAACAAGGAUGAUAUUGAUCAAAAAAUUGUUAAAUGUAAACUCUGCAAAAAGACUGUUGCGUCAAGUCAAGGUAACACAACCAACCUCUUCCACCACCUGCAGCACAACCAUGUGAUUCGUUUGUUUCAACGUUUGUUUUUUUGGCACUUGGGGUGGUUAUCGUCCAUUUAUCGUUAUCGAGGUUAACUGCUCAAUUUAUCGUGAUAUUGAUUUUAGGCCAUAUCGCCCAGCCCUAGGUGUGGCUAUAGUUUAAGAAUAUUUCAUAGUACUUUACAGGACAAGAUAAUAGAGUUGCUCUGCCAAAUGGCUGGAAAGUUUCUCUGGACCUACAGUUAUAUCAGUAAAAAUUAAAUGAAUGAAGAACAUAGAGGCCAGAGGUACUCCACUCUUGAGUGCGGUAGCAUUUUUCAGCUCAUACAAGUUGUGAAAAAAAUUAAAUGAACAAAGAACAUUGUACUUUUUAAGUUUUUAUAUCAGUAUAAUUUUAUAUUUGAUGUACAACAUAUAUAUGAUGUAGUUGUGUAAUCCAAUGAUUUUAUCUCAUUCAUGCAUAAUAGCUUACUUUCAAUAAAGAUACAUUGUGACGUACUGUGAUUAA